AUGGAGAAUACUACGACCCGAUCAUCCUUUAGUUUCAUGCAACCAUAUCAUGUGAAGUUGGAUCGUUUUGAUGGCACCAAUUUCACUCGCUGGCAAGAUAAGAUGAUAUUUCUUCUUACUGCUUUGAAGAUUUCAUACAUAUUGGAUCCAGAACUUCAACCAUUCCCUGAACCAUCCGAGAAUGAUACUGAUCAGAUUAAGGCCGAUCGCAAGAAAAGAGAAGAAGAUGAAUUGAUGUGUCGUGGACACAUUUUGAACACUCUAUCCGACCGGCUUUAUGAUCUCUACACACCAUUGAAGUCACCAAAGGAGAUUUGGCACGCCCUGGAGUCCAAGUACAAAACAGAGAAGAUUGGUACAGAUAAGUUUCUUAUUAUGAAGUAUUUUGAUUUUAAGAUGAUUGAUACACUCUCUGUCUUGGACCAAGUUCAUGAUCUACAGAUUCUUGUUAGCAAACUUCGUGAUUUGAGUGUGAAAAUUCCUGAAGCUCUCCAAGUUGGUGCGAUAAUUACAAAAUUACCACCUUCUUGGAAUGACUACAGGAAGAAGUUAUUGCAUCAAACCGAAGAGACGUCUUUGGAAAAACUUGGACAACAUCUUCGCAUUGAAGAGGAAAACCGGAUUCGUGAUGGUGUCGGUCCAAGUUCUUUUGCUAAUGUGAAUGCCGUGGAUCAAGAUGAGUCCAAAAAGUAUGACAAGCAUUUGAAACCCAAGAAAAACAAAGGUUUCAAAAGAAAGGUUCUACCAACAAAGACAAUGAGAAAAAGAAUCGGUCUUGCUAUAAUUGUGGCAUAA